ACUGAAAGGUUGAGCCGUCUAGGGUUUAAGGAAAAGAGGGAAAGCCAGAAAGAGAGCGAAGCAGCAAUGCCGGCCGGUCACGGACUUCGAUCUCGCACUCGGGACCUCUUCGCUCGCGGCUUCAGGAAGAAGGGUUACAUCCCUCUCUCCACCUACCUGAAAACCUACCGGACCGGCCAGUACGUCGACGUCAAGGUUAACGGCGCCGUCCACAAGGGCAUGCCCCACAAGUUCUACCACGGGCGCACGGGUCGGGUCUGGAACGUCGCCAAGCGGGCCAUCGGCGUCGAGAUCAACAAGAUGAUCGGCCAUCGGGUCAUCCGCAAGCGCAUCCACGUGCGUGUGGAGCACGUGCAGCCGUCGCGGUGCGAGGAGGAGUUUAAGGCGAGGAAGACUGGGAAUGAUGAGGUGAAGGCGGCGGCCAAGGCGCGUGGGGAAGUCAUCAGCACCAAGAGGCAGCCGCAGGGGCCCAAGCCCGGGUUCAUGGUUGAAGGGGCUUCUUUGGAAACCGUCACUCCUAUUCCUUAUGAUGUUGUCAAUGACCUCAAGGGAGGUUACUGAGGAGUGGGUUUGGGGGUUUAGGGUUUUUUGCUAUGUUUCGGAGUCGAUUUCAUUGGAUUUAUUUCUUUGAUUCUGUAUCUGGGUAACUCUUUUUCUUAUAAUAUUUGAGGAUUUCUUGUUGUGCUU